UAGUCUCCGCAGCAGCCCGGCUCCCGCACGCUCAGCACCGCCGGCAGCUGCCAGAUGCAGGCGGAGCGAGGAACUCGGGGCGGCCGCGGGCGAUGGCCCGGCCGCCCCCGUCCCGGCGGGGACCGCGAGCAGGCCGGAGCAACAGCGGCGGCGGCGAGAGGCGGCGGCGGAGACAGAGGCGGACGCCGGGGCCGCGGCCGGGGCUUUCGCGGCGGCCGCGGAGGCCGAGGAGGAGGAGGCGCCCCGCGAGGCGGCCGCCGGGAGCCGGCAGGCCGGGGCGCCGGGGCUAGCGCGCGGGUUGAAGAUGACAGUGACGCAGAGACCUAUGGAGAGGAGAAUGAUGAACAGGGAAAUUAUUCUAAAAGAAAGAUUGUCUCUAACUGGGAUCGAUAUCAAGAUAUUGAAAAAGAAGUCAAUAAUGAAAGUGGAGAAUCACAGAGGGGGACAGAUUUCAGUGUUCUCCUUAGCUCUGCAGGGGACUCCUUUUCACAGUUCCGAUUUGCUGAGGAGAAAGAAUGGGAUGGUGAAGCUUCAUGUCCAAAACAGAAUUCAGCACUUUACGUGGAUAGUGAGUCACUGGUUCGAGCCCUUCAAGAGCUGCCUCUCUCACUCCGACUCAAUGUUGCUGCUGAGUUGAUCCAGGCUACAGUUCCUUUAGAGCUUCCUCAGGUGAAACCAAAGAGAAAUGAUGACAGCAAGGGACCAGGGAUGCAGUUAAAGGGACCCUUGGGGCUUGGAGGAAGAGGGCCCAUCUCUGAGCUGAAAUCUGCUGCUGCUGGUUGCUCUGUGUCCAUGGGCAAAGACAGCCCUAGACCAGGUUCUUCAAGGGGUUCUCAUAAACCCACUUCCCCACUGCAGUCAGCAGCAGACCAUUUGGAAGAAGAACUAGAUCUCUUGCUUAAUUUAGAUGCGCCUGUAAAAGAGGGCGAUAACAUCUUACCAGAUCAGCCAUCUCAGGACCUGAAAUCUGAGAAAGAUGGGGAGGUGGCCCAAGAGGAAAAAGUUCCUGCAAAACCAUCUGUGACUGAAGAAAAGAACAUGGAAUCUGAGCAACCAAGUGUAUCAAAGAAUGUUACUGAGGAAGAGCUGGAAGACUGGUUGGACAGCAUGAUUUCCUAAAAAAAAAAAAAAAGUGCCUGAAGCAAAUUUUUGUUGCUUUCUAAGUAAGGGUGGACACAAAGCUGUCCUUCAGAACAGCUAGUUUACAAGCAUGCCCUAAACCAGUGUGUUCCAUCAUGCGUACAGCAGUAAAUGCCUACCUCUGUGUUUGACAAUAUUUCAAAGAAACAUUUAAGAGGCUUGUUGGAUUUUUUUUUGUCCCAGCUUAGUACUCUAAUAGAUUUCCUUAAGGGCAGGGAAUGUUAGGUGCUUGUUUCCAGUGUCCUUCCUUGCCAUGUUUACAGCAUAGUAGGUGCUGCUGAUUAAGAAGAUAGAUGGAAGCAAGGCAUGCAUUUGGCCAAAAUAAAACACACACACACACACACACACACACACACACACAAAAAAAAAAAAAACACUGGCCUUUGUAUUUUUUUCUUUCUUGUGUGGGGCCUUAGGCUGUGUGUCUCAUGUGUGUCAGUGUGAUUGCAGAAUCAACCCAAACUGGUGCAUUCCAAGAGGCCAGACCAUGGAUUGGUGUUCAUUAUUUUAUUGCAGUGGGCACUUCAUUUUAUUUAUUUGAGAAGAUUCAUUUAAACACAGCAGCUCCACUACUUACAAGGGACCAUAAAGCAUUACUCAGUUUUGGCAUGAGAUUUUUUUCUGAAUUUUCAGUACAGUACUUCUUUUCUAAUAACAGCAGUUUGACAAGCUGUUACUGAAAAAAAAAAAAUGAAUACCCUUCAAGUGCAGUUUCAUAAAGUAAGACAGAAGAUCAACACCACUAAUUAAAGGAACUGUCCUUCUGGAACACAAACAUAAAAAAACUUGCAUAGCUAUAUCUAAAGAGGUUUUAAGGCACUUAAUCGAUAUUUCAGUGUCGACAAAGUGUUGUUUUUUUUCUAUUUCUUUAACUGCUUAAAGCUUUUCAAGCGGAUUCUGGAUACGGUCACUAGCAAGUACCAUGGGAAAAAUUAGACUGCAGUUAAAAUGAUUUUUUGUAGUUCAGAUCAUGAAUCACUAGUGUGAUACAGUCAUAUGACAUUCAGAUGUUUAAAAUUUCAGGUAUUAUGCAUUCAAGAUUUCAAACUUCUCUAGUCCUUUCCUCAAUUCUACUAUCCCAACAAACUAGCUGCAUUAGAACAUAACACUCGAAGCAUUCGAGUCGAAUUCCUUGCCAUCCUUUUUCACAUUUUGACAGGUUACCUCCCACUGUGUAUGUCCAUUAGGCACAAAAAGCCAAAUCAAUUUUAAAACACAGAUUUUUAACAAACAUUUUCUUGUAAGGGAAGCAUUUAGACAAUUCAGAUAUGUUGCAGAACUGUAUUUCACUGGAAGUCUGUAAUGGUGACACUUCUUUCAUUCAGAUUUAUCCAAGCUGAUCUUCAUAUUGUUUACGAAAGCAGUCGCCAGCAGGGAAGAAAUCCCAGCACCUUUCUUGGUACAUCUUCCAGACAUAGGAUUCCUGAAAUAAUGUGAACCAAGGGUACUUCUUUUUAAACCACAGUAAGCUGAAACCCAGUUUGUUUUUGCUCUAGAUGUCUCCCUUUAGAAGACUGAUGUGAAUUUAUAUGAGGCCAAACCUGCACGUUUGUUCUUACUCUUUUCCUUACCCAGGCUGCUUUGGGAGCAAGAAGUCAUGUCUUCUUGACAGUGCUGGCAGGGGAGGACUCUCCCCCCACCCCCACCAACAAAACUGCACCAACUCCAUGUUUGAGCUGUAAAGUUUUCCUACAAAUCCGAUGAUGUUUGAACAUUUGAUAACCGACUUUUUCCUCCCUUAUUUUCUACCUUUGCAUUUUUUUUCACACUUAGUCACAGAAUCUCUUGACACAUCCUUUCACUUGUCCUCUUGUGCACCCACCAAGUUCCUGCUGUCGCCAACACAGAAGGUCAUUGUCUUAUGCUGUUUCCCUCACUGUUUUACUCUGAGUGCCCUGCUCCUUGUUACGGCCACCCACUCCUUUUCUCAUUGUCUUUUUCUCUGUAACAUUCUCCCCACCUCCAGCUAUUCUAGUCUGAAGCAGUAACCAUAAGAGUUUAGGAAAUGUCAGUGUUUGUUGGGAAAGAUAACCAGGAGGACUUUUGGAGUAAACCAAAGUCCCCAUAGAAUUCUGGCUUCUUCUUAAGUCACAAAAAGGCGAUGGAAAAAUGCAUUCAAGAGACUAAUGGGGUCAUGUUCCAAUGUCCUAUGCUAUACUGUUUCAAGACUUAGCAAAUGGAAGAUCUUACAAAAACAUUUUAUUUCUCACCUGACCCGUGUGCUCUGUUUCAUCUUUAUUAAUCAAAUACAUCAGAAAGAACCUGGAGCAAUGAAAAAAAUAAUAAAUGAGAAAAAGUUUAGAUACUUUAAGAAACCUAGGUUUGUGUUCCUGGGUGAAGUGUUGCAUAAGGACACAAAUCUUCAUUUUCUAAUAGUAACACAUAUUCAUCUCAAAAUUAGGCUCUUUGUGAGAUCCUUUUUUACCAUCCCUAAACCUUGAGCUAAGAUCAAUUGCAAGGUAAUGUUUUGACCACCUUUAAACAAUAAAAUGGAAGCCUAAACUCUUUCCAUUAAUAAGUUAAUAGACCUAUUAUUGGCAAUUAAUAGGCCAUUUUAUCAUCUCAUAAAAAUUUAGAACUGAAAUUACAUGUGUGU